AUGACGACCCAGGACACGCUCGUGCUGGACGAGUCAUUGGUCGUGCAUGAUCACAAUUUGCAACAAAAAGAGGUGUUUUGGGUCGGCUGGGAUGGCCCAGAGUGAGUUGCGGUGUACUUGUCUCCUUGAGAGGAGGCACAUGACACGCUGUGGUGACAACCUCGUCGCGUGGUCGCCGCCGCCGCCGUCGCCCGCUCGUCGCAGCCGCGUCGUGGUGACUCAUAACCCUUGAGCCCCGCAUCGAUGGGCUGCCGAAAACGCUUUCAUUGACCCUGCUUCGACUUUGUACCACAGUGACCCUGCCAAUCCACGCAACUGGACAAACCGAAGAAAGUGGUUGCUGUCGAGCAGCGGCAUCAUGUUCUGCGCCAUCGUGUCGCUCUCCGUCUCGGGUCAGUUCCGUAUCGUCGGCGAGACAAGUCCGCUCGGACGGUUCUCUCCAUAGGGGCCCUACCAUCUCGACACCCGCGCUGACGUGCACGUUCGUGGUACAGGUUACAGUAUCUCUAUCGGCUCAAUAGAAGAUCAAAUGGGUGUUUCGAAAGGAAUGGCUUUACUUGGUGUGACCUUAUUCACCCUUACCUUCGGCGUGAGUAUAUCGUCUCGACUCGUCCUCGGGAAAGCCCCUUUUUGACUCAUCCCUGUCCGUACUGACGGUUGAAUCUUGCAGGCGGCUCCUUUGAUAAUCGCCCCCUUUUCAGAGGUCUACGGAAGGUCUUGGAUCUAUUUCGGUUCGGCGUUCAUCUUCACCUUGUUCUUUUUGCCUCAAGCACUGGCGCAGAAUAUCGAAACCAUCUUGGUCGCGCGCUUCAUCUCGUGAGUGUCAACAGCAGGGCCGAAUCGAUGGAAAAUGGAAAUAGCCGAGUCCACUGACGGGCACCGGUAUAUUUGUGGAAUGUAUGUGCACAGUGGAUGUGCUGGCUCGACGGCCGUGUCCCUCGUCGGAGGAACGUUGGCCGAUGUUUGGAGUGACGAGGAGCGCGGCCUGCCGAUGGCCAUUUUCGCCUGGAGCGCGUUUUCUUCGGUCAGUCGGUCGCCUUGCAUUGCCAUUGUCUAGGCAACGCAGUCCGGUGGACUGAUCCCGGUAUCAAACACUUUGCAGACCGGUCUAGGGCCGAUCAUGUUUGGCUACGUCGAAGAAAACUACGACUUUCGACUCAUCCAAUGGAUCACCAUGGGCGCCUCGGGGCUCUUUACGCUCGCACUGGGGUGCAUUGUCCUCCCCCGCGAGACUCGGGCCUCUGUGCUGUUAUCGCGCAAAGCGGCUCGACUGAGAAAAGAGACGGGUGACUCAAAAUACCAGUGCAAAUUCGACCUCGAGCGAGGGUCGUUCACGCACAUGAUGACUACGGCCUUGUCGCGACCGGUCAAGAUGCUCGCCACCGAGCCGAUCCUCAUUUCCUUCUCGGCCUACAUCGCGUUUUGCUGGGCCAUCCUCUACAUUCAACUCGUUUCGCUCCCGCUCGUGUUUGGCGAAUUGUACGGCUUUUCGAUUGGUGAAGCCGGAAUGACGUACGCUGCGCAAUUCAUCGGAGCUUCCGUUGGCCUUGUGGUCGACCACUUCUGCAACAAGAAGUACAUCAAGGAAGUCGGGCGACGGGGUCCCGAAGCUCGCUUGUACUCGGCCAUGGCUGGAGGAAUCUUCGUCCCCGUGGGAUGCUUUAGUUUUACCUUCACGUCGUUCACUUCCAUCCCUUGGAUCGUGCCGUGUAUCUGCGUCAGCAUCCUCUACGUUGGUGAGUUGCGAGGGUUGAACGACGAUGAUUGUAUCGCUCCUUGGAUCUGGCUCAUCACCCGUUCCCUCUGCGGCGUCUAUAGGGAUCCUCCUCAUCUAUCUGGCUGUUUUCAGCUACCUCGCCGAUUCCUAUACCCUCUAUGCGAGUUCUGCCCUGUCAGCGAUGUCGUUUGCCCGAAAGUGAGUCGCAUGCGCUUGGUAUCUCGGUUGAUGGAGGCGCUAUAGCUGACUCGGACUGCCUUAUUCUCACACCUAUCUCUCAGUCUCGUCGGAGCUGUAUUUCCUCUGUUCACGGAUUCGUUGUACGACCGCCUCGGCAUCCAAGGUGCCGGUGGCCUAACUUCGGGUCUUGCGACCUUAUUGUCGGUGACGCCUUUCGUGCUCUUCAUCUACGGUGCUCGCCUCCGAGCUCGCAGUCCGUUCGCGCAAGAGUUGGAGAGGAUGAAGCGCGCCGCUCAGGCAUUGGCGGAACUGAAGGAGGAGGAGGUCGUUUUGGAACCCAAAGGGUGUGGCGCGCCGACUAAUCAAGGGGAUGUGGGUCGGGCAGUGGUUCGGAAGUUACCCAGUGGUGAGGGGAGGAAAGAGGAGGCUUAG